AUGUGGUACAUUUACACAAUCGAGUACUUCACAGCAGAAAAUGACCUCUUGAAAUAUGAGGGCAAUUUCACGGAUCUAGAAAGCAUAAGGUUCAUCUGGGUUCGAGGGAUCUGGUCACAAGUUGGGUUCAUCUGGGUUCGAGGGAUCUGGUCACAAGUUGUGGACUCUAAGAAGCCCUUUCUGUCUGCCUGGCCAAGCCCCAUCGUUCACGUUGGAGAGCAUGUGGUGCUGCACUGUCAGUCUGAGUUUGGGUUUGAAAUGUUCAGUCUAUUCAAGGAACACAGGGGCCACAUCCUCCAGAUGCAGAACUUGAAGUCCCAGCAGAGCUUUCUGAUAGGCCCUGUGACCACAGCACAUGCAGGGAUCUACAGAUGCCAGGGAUUCUACUCUAAAUUUCCUUAUGGAUCAUCAGCACUAAGUGAUAGCCUGGUGAUUGUGGUCACAGGGAUCUACAGAAAGCCCUCACUCUUGGCCCUGCCAGCUCCCCUGGUGAAACCAGGAGGGACAGUGACAUUGAAAUGCUCAUCAGAGAUUGUGUUCGAGACCUUCAUUCUGGUUCUGCACAGAAAGGGGCUAAGAGAGGACCCUCUGUACCUUGUUGGGGAGCCUUAUGAUGGUGGUGUCCAGGCCAACAUCUCCAUAGCACCUGUGAAGACUGUACACACUGGGACCUACAGAUGCUAUGGUUCUGUCAGUCACCAGCCCUAUGAAUGGUCAGACCCCAGUGACUCCCUGGACAUCAAGAUCACAGUCACUGCAGUCUCAUUCAUCUGCACAGCUGGGAUUCCUGGAGGAGACAUCAUGAUCUUCACUUUUACAGUGUUCUUUCAUCUUGGGCUGAGUCUGGAACCCAGGAGAACGGUGGUGGCAGAAAAAUUGCACAAACCCACCAUCUGGGCUGAACCAGACUCUGUGGUCACCAAGGGACUGUCUGUUGAUAUCUUCUGUUUUGGAACCCAGGAAGUCCAGAAGUACUAUCUAUAUAAAAAGGAACGUUUAAAACUCUCGAAGAUACAGACCUCACUAGAGCCUGGGAACAAGGUCAACUUUUCCAUUCCAUUUAUCACAGAAUAUCAUGCAGGACUAUACUACUGCUGCUAUUUCAGCCCUUCUAACUUGUCAGAAUGCAGUGACACCCUAGAGCUUGUGGUCACAGGAUUCUACAGCAAACCCAACAUCUCAGCCCUUCCAAGCUCCCUGGUGACCUCAGGAGGAAAUGUCACCCUCCAGUGUAGCUCACAUCAGGGAUAUGAAAGAUACAUCCUUACCAAGGAAGGAGAACAGAAUGUGUCCUGGACUCAGGAUUCCCAGAAACAACCCAAUGGACAUUUUAUGGCCUUGUUUCUUGUGGGGCCAGUGACUUCCAAACACAGAUGGGCCUUCAGAUGCUAUGGCUACUAUGAGAGAACCUCCCAGAUGUGGUCAAUGCCCAGUGAGACCCUGCAACUCCUCCUUGUAGAUUCACACUCACAAGAUCAUACAGUGGAGAAUCUCAUCAGGAUGGCUGUGGCUGGCUUGGUUCUGGUGGUUCUUGGGAUUCUACUUUUUGAGGCACAAAACAGUCAGGAUUCAGGAUGGAGGUGAACCAGAGAGAAUGGUGCAUCUAUCUCUUAAUGUGGUAGAGACUUGAAGAUGAAUCUUACAAGUAGAAGAAAUCGUGGAAGCAAAUUUGUGGUAUAAGUGUUUGAACACUGUUGCAUACCCCAAAGAGAACAACAUAUUUGGGUGCAGGGAAAAUGUCAAAGAGAUCUGUGAAGAGGACUAUACGCCCACUAAGUUAGAACCGUCUGGUGG